GACUGUGUGUUGCGACUACACGAGCGGCAGCGAGAAGAUGCGCUUGCUCGCCGCCUUUUGGACGCGCGGAGACGAUGGUGAUCAUCUGACCUUGGAUCUUUCAACUCAGAGCUGCCUUUCAUUCAUCCGUCGUUUCCCUCUGUUUUGUUUUCCUAAUUGUAUUUUGGAUCUCUUUUGACGAGGCACCCGGAGACUUCUGAAAAGACUCUCGAUAGUUUUUUUUUCUUUUCUUUUUUUCAAUUAACAGCCGACUCUGACUCAGCAUCGCACACGGAGAGCCACUCACGCACACGCACACACACACAGAGAGAGACUCGCGCGCGCGCACACACCUGGGCUUCACCCCUUCAGCAUCCUCCACUCAGAGGGAGCAGCAGCAGCAGCAGCAGCAGCAGCAAGACGCGCAGCAGAGGAGGAGAGUCUGAGCUCACUGCGCUCCCCGAGACAAUCAGGCGGGCUCCGACAGAGCCAGGACAUCAGAGCAAAAGUAGGAGAUGAGACAUUUCAAGUGGAGACUUGGAGCGGCUUGCGUGAAGACUGUGGCAAAUGUUUAACCUCAGCCCAGGCGCACAGAAGAGACACCCAGGGAGGCACCGGUCGGAGGAGGAGGAAGAAGAGAAAGCGUAGCUUGCGGGGAUUGAACGGAGCAGGGCAUGUGGAUAUUGGCUUUCAUCUUUUCCCAGAGCAUCUUGAAUGUUUUCAGUGAAGACCUACAUUCCAGCCUGUACUUUGUCAAUGCAUCUCUGCAAGAGGUAGUAUUCGCCAGCACCACAGGGACCUCGGUGCCCUGUCCGGCUGGGGGGGCGCCACCUUCCUCGCUGCGCUGGUAUCUAGCGACUGGCGAGGAGAUCUACGAUGUCCCCGGCAUCCGCCACGUCCACCCCAACGGAACCCUCCAGAUCUUCAACUUCCUGCCGUCCAGCUACAGCAAGCUGAUCCAUGACAACACCUACUACUGCACUGCCGAGAACCCGUCUGGCAAGAUCCGGAGCCAGGAUGUUCACAUUAAAGCUGUGUCCAGGGAGCCGUACACAGUCCGAGUGGCCGACCAGAAGGCGAUGCGAGGCAGCGUGGCGGUCUUCAAGUGCAUUAUCCCUGCUUCGGUGGAGGCCUACGUCAGUGUGGUGUCAUGGGAGAAAGACACGGUGUCACUCAGCUCAGGACCAAGAUAUCUCAUCACAUCCACGGGGGCCUUGUAUAUUCUGGACGUCCUGCCAGAGGAUGGCUUGAAUAACUACCGAUGCACCACCCGCCACCGCUACACCGGCGAAACCCGCCAGAGCAACAGUGCACGUCUCAUUGUGUCAGACCCCACCAACGCGGAGCCAGCCAUCUUGGACGGCUUCGACCACCGCGAGGUGAUGAUUAACCAUCGCGUGGAGCUGCCCUGCAAGGCCUCAGGCUUCCCCAUGCCCAAAUACCGCUGGCUGAAGGACAACAGCCCUCUGGAGCCCGACAGCCGCUUCCGUCAGACCAUCUCUGGGCUGCAGAUUGACAAUGUGCAGCCCAGUGACUUUGGCACUUACGUUUGUGAAGUGUGGAAUAGCUAUGGCAACGCUGAGGUCAUGGGUCGCCUCUACGUCAAACAGCCUCUGAAGGCAGUGGUCAGCCCUCGUAAGGUGAAAGGCAGCGUGGGCAGCAAGGUCUCCCUGUCCUGCAGCGUGAGCGGCUCAGACGAAUAUGAGCUGUCAUGGUAUCGGAAUGGAGAACUCAUCUACCCGGGCAACAACGUUCGCUUCACGGGGCUCAACCGGGAAAACCUUAUCAUGGAGGGCAUGUCCAAGAGUGACGGGGGAGCUUACCAGUGCUUCGCCAGGAAGGGCAAGAUGUCGGCGCAGGAUUUCGUGCAAGUCAUCCUCGAAGAUGGCACUCCUAAAAUCCUGUCCUCGUUCAGUGAGAAGGUGGUGAACCCCAACGAGCCUGUCUUCCUGGUGUGCAACGUCAAGGGCACGCCGCCUCCUCGCUGCACCUGGUCUUUGGACGACGACCCCGUCAUCAAAGACAGCCACCACCACCUGGGGCACUACGAGACGCACGAGGGCCACGUGGUCAGCCAGCUCAACGUCACCCACACCCAGGUGCCGGACGGCGGCGUCUACCGCUGCACGUGUGGCAACUCGGCCGGGGUCGUGUACCACCAGGCUCGAAUAAACGUAAGAGGCCGUGCCAGCAUUCGCCCCAUGAAAAAUAUCACUGCGAUCGCUGGGCGUGAUGCGUUUAUCCACUGCCGUGUGAUUGGUUACCCUUAUUACUCCAUUAAGUGGUAUAAGAAUUCUGCGUUGCUACCGUUUAACCAUCGACAGCGAGCGUUUGAGAACAACGGCACGCUGAAGCUCAGCAACGUGCAGCAGGUGGACGCCGGCGAGUAUAACUGCAAGGUGAUGGUGCAACCCAACAAGAUGGACUCCCAAAGCGUCCAUCUACGUGUGAGAGUUCCCCCAUACAUCCAGCCCUUCGAGUUUCAGCGCUUCACCAUCGGCCAGCGUGUCUUCAUCCCCUGCGUGGUCAUGUCAGGUGACCGGCCACUGGACAUAACCUGGCAGAAAGAUGGACGGCCCAUUCCCAUCAGUCUCGGGGUGACUGUGGACAACAUUGACUUCACGAGCUCCCUGAGGAUUUCCAACCUCACCCCGGACCAUAAUGGAAACUACACGUGCAUUGCCCGAAAUGAGGCGGCCGCCGUGGAGCACCAGAGUCAGCUGAUAGUUCGAGUGCCUCCACAGUUUGUAGUCCAGCCUGAAGAUCAAGACGGGAUUUAUGGUAAAACCGUGACACUCAACUGCUCUGCUGAAGGCUACCCACCACCCACCAUCGUUUGGGAGCACUCCAAAGGUGCCGGUGUCCCUCAGUUCCAGCCCAUCCUGCUGAACAGCGGCUCUCGCAUCCAGCUGCUGAGCAACGGCUCCCUGCUCAUCAAACACGUGCUGCAAGACGACAAUGGCUUUUACCUCUGUAAGGUCAGCAACGACGUGGGAGCUGAUGUCAGCAAGUCCAUGUACCUCACCGUCAAAAUUCCAGCCAUGAUCACGUCCUACCCAAACACCACGCUGGCCACUCAGGGGGAAGAGAAGAGGAUGAGUUGCAUCGCUCACGGAGAGAAGCCCAUCAUGGUGCGCUGGGAGAAAGAGGAGCGCAUCAUCAACCCUGAGACCAGCCGCUACGUCGUCACCGUCAAGGAGGUGGCGGACGAAGUCGUCUCCACGCUGGUGAUCAUGCCGACGGUUCGGGAGGACUCCGGCUUCUUCUCCUGCCAUGCCAUCAACUCUUUUGGUGAAGACAGAGGAAUCAUACAGCUGACAGUGCAAGAACCUCCCGAUCCCCCAGAAGUGGAGAUAAGGGAGGUGAAAGAUCGGACCAUAGCGCUGCGCUGGACCAUGGGCUUUGAUGGAAACAGCCCCAUCACCGGUUAUGACAUCGAAUGCAAAAACAAAUCUGCGUCAUGGCUGUCGGCCCAAGUAACCAAAGACGUGUCACCACAGCUCAACCAGGCCACCAUUAUUGACCUUCACCCCUCAUCCACCUACAACAUCCGCAUGGUCGCCAAGAACAUCAUCGGCAACAGCAACCCGAGCAACGAGCUCACCAUCACCACGGAUGAAGCAGCUCCUGACGGCCCCCCUCAAGAUGUCACGCUGGAGCCCACCUCCCCACAGAGCAUCAAAGUGUCGUGGAAGCCGCCUCACAAGCAUCUGCAGAACGGCGUGAUCCGAGGGUACCAGGUGGGCUUCAGGGAGUACAGCCCCGGGGGGAGCCACCAGUUCACCAUCCUGAGUGUGGACUCCACUGGCGACACCAUGGAGAGCAUCAUACUGGACGACCUCAAGAAGUUCACCCAGUACAGCGUGGUGGUCCAGGCAGCCAAUCGAGCCGGGACGGGUCCAUCCUCCCAGCAAGUCAUCACCAAAACCCUGGAAGAUGUUCCGUCUCGGCCUCCAGAAAACGUGCUGGCCGUGGCCAAGUCUCCUGAGGUCAUCUCUCUGUCCUGGAUGACGCUGCCUCGGGAUGCUCUGAAUGGAAACCUGCAGGGCUACAGGGUCAUCUACUGGGCCAACCUUCCUGAUGGAGAGUUGGGGGAGAUUCGGAACGUGACCACCAGCCAGCCCUCUCUGGAGCUGGACGGCCUGGAGAAAUACACCAACUACAGCAUCCAAGUCUUGGCCUUCACCAACGCUGGCGACGGAGUCCGCAGCGAACAGAUUUAUGUGCGGACCAAAGAGGACGUUCCUGGACCGCCAGCAGGGGUGAAGGCUGCUGCCUCCAGUGGCUCUGUGGUGUUCGUGUCCUGGCUGCCGCCGCUCAAACUGAACGGCAUCAUCCGGAAGUACAUCGUCUUCUGCUCGAACAUGCAUCCGAUGGUAAUAGUCAUGAGUGAGUUUGAGGCGUCUCCUGACAUGUAUUUCUAUCGGAUACCGAACCUGGCUCGCAACAGACAGUACAGCAUCUGGGUGGUGGCGGUGACUGCUGCUGGCCAUGGCAACAACAGUGAGAAGAUCGUAGUGGAGCCGCUGGCCAAAGCCCCUGCCAGAAUUCUAACCUUCAACGGGACCGUGACCACCCCCUGGAUGAAAGACAUCGUCUUACCCUGCAAAGCUGUCGGAGACCCACCUCCUACCAUCAAGUGGCUGAAGGGAAACACCAACGGGACACCCACCCCGGUCCUGGUGGACGGACGGCGCAGCGUGCACGCCAACGGCAGCUUCAUCAUCCGAACCGUGAAAGCUGAGGACUCUGGGAACUACAGCUGUGUGGCCAAUAACAACUGGGGAUCUGAUGAGAUCACCCUGAAUCUGCAGGUUCAAGUCCCACCAGACCAGCCUCGCCUCACUGUUACCAAGACCACCACCACAUCAAUCACGUUGUCAUGGAUACCGGGAGACAACGGAGGCAGCUCCAUCAGAGGAUACAUCUUGCAGUACUCUGAGGACAACAGUGAGCAGUGGGGUAGUUUUCCCAUCAGCCCCAGUGAACGGUCGUAUCGCCUGGAGAACCUCAAGUGUGGCACCUGGUACAAAUUCACCCUGACGGCCCAGAAUGCAGUUGGGCCAGGACGCAUCAGUGAGAUCAUCGAAGCUAAAACCCAUGGGAAAGAGCCCCAGUUUGCCAAAGAACACGAACUCUUCACCAGCAUCAACUCCACCAGGGCCAGACUCAACCUGGUUGGCUGGAACAACGGUGGCUGUCCAAUCACCUCCUUCGUUCUGGAGUACCGGUCGGUGGAUUCGCCCACGUGGACCACGGCGCAGCGCACCUCGCUGACUAAGAGCUACAUCCUGUACGACUUGCUGGAGGCGACGUGGUACGAGCUGCAGAUGAAGGUCACCAACAGCGCCGGCUCUGCAGAGAAGAAGAUCACCUUUGCCACUCUGAACGCUGACGGAAGCACCAUCGCCCCCCUGCUGAAGAGCGGAGACCCCAUCUCAGACAACAUGUCAGGCAGCGGCGGCCUGAAGAUGGUGGUCACCAUCACCUCCAUUCUGGUGGUGGCUGUUCUGGUCUUUAUCAUGCUCAUGGUGCUCAAGAGGAGAAGAAGAGAGCAGAGGCUGAAGCGGCUGCGAGAUGCCAAAAGCCUGGCAGAGAUGCUGAUGAGUAAAAACACACGGACCCCCGACACGGUCAACAAGCAGCAGCAGACUUUGAGGAUGCACAUUGACAUCCCCAGAGCUCAGCUGCUGAUCGAGGAGAGGGACACCAUGGAGACAAUCGAUGACCGUUCCACAGUGCUGCUGACAGACAAUGACUUUGGAGAGACCAAUAAGCAGAAGUCUUCGACGGUGACUCACACGGUCCACUACCAGUCUCUGUCCCAGGCGACUGGACCGCUGGUGGACGUGUCUGAUGCCAGGCCUGGAACCAGUGAGUCGCACCACCAUCCCACUGCCAGACGCACUGCCAAAGCAGGUCCUGCCGCGGCACGAAGCCGCUACGCCAGUCAGUGGACGCUGAACCGACCGCAUCCCACCAGCUCCUCGCACACCCUGACCAGCGACUGGAGGCUUCCCACGCCUCGGGCCACCGGCUCCGUGGACAAGGAGAGCGACAGCUACAGCGUCAGCCCUUCCCAGGACACAGAUCGGGCGCGCAGCAGCAUGGUGUCCACUGAGAGCGCCUCCUCCACCUACGAGGAGCUGGCCCGAGCCUACGAGCACGCCAAGAUGGAGGAGCAGCUCCGGCACGCCAAGUUCACCAUCACCGAGUGCUUCAUCUCAGACACCUCCUCCGAGCAGAUGACGGCGGGGACCAACGACUACACCGACAGCCUGACCUCCAGCACGCCGUCCGAGUCGGGCAUCUGCCGCUUCACCGCGUCGCCGCCCAAGCCUCAGGACGUCAGCCGCGUCAUGAACAUGGCCGUGCCCAAGGCACACAGACCUGGGGGAGAGCUGGUCCACCUGCCGCCUUACCUUCGCAUGGACUUCCUCUUGAAUCGUGGCGUUCCGCUCGCAGCCCGAGGGGCAGGCGUCAGCAGCGGAGCCAGCGGAGGAGCAGGGAGCGGCGCCGGUGCUACGGGAGAGACGCGAGGAGGCGGCGCGGGAGGGGCCAUGGGUCAGACCUGCCUGGAACCACAGAGGAGCCGCACCCUCAAGCGGCCUCCUCCCAUGGAACCCACCCCAAUGGAAGUGCCCUCGCCCCGGGAGGUGCAGCAGUGGCAGCCCGGGACUGCCGCCACACUCCCCCACAGGGACGUGCGGGAGCGGGGGGAGGCCCGGGGCGAGGCCCGGGGGGAGGUGCGGGCAGAAGCCUCCUCCUCGGGAGACCUGGCCCAAGCACAGGCUGCCAAGCUCAGCACCUCCCAGGAGUCGCUGCUGGACUCCAGAGGACACCUGAAACAAAGCAACAACCCCUACGCCAAGUCCUACACGCUGGUAUAACAGCGCCUGGCCAGGCGGGGGCGCCGCAGAGCUGUGCUGUACAUAGAGCCCGGAAGUGGAUGCUUUUCUUUGACUCUCUUUCUCUCGCUCUUCUCUGUUGCUAUCACUUUUCAGUCUCUCACAGUUUUUAUUUUCUACUCGAGUAUUCUUUUAUUCUAAAGUGACGACAUAUAAGGAUUGCCAAAAUGAUUUAUUUAACAUUUGAGAAAGAGUUAAAAAAAAGUACUAUGGAAUUUAUAUCAAGGACAAUUAUAGUCAUGAUUAUUACUAUUGUUAAUAUAUAAAAAAGAAAACGUCUAAAAACAAGGCGGGAGAGGGAGGAAGCCUCGGCUGGGAGAAUGGUGUUUUUCUUAAGUUAUUUUGAUUUCCAUGGUGGACGUGUGAUGAAGUCUGUGAUGGGGUCGUGGAGGUGAGGCGACCUUUGACCCUGCACUCACGCAGUCAGAGACCAUAGACGGGAAUGGCUGGAGACCCGAAAGAGAAUUUUGUCACACUAUGAAAUGAUACAAUGUGAAUAUAUAUAUAUAAAGAGAUCACUUUUAUUUGUGGAUAUUACGGGGGAAAUGAUUUGGUUAAUAAAGUCCUUAGUCAUGUUUGCACACACCCGACUGACGAGUCCUGACUUCAUCCAAUGACAUGACAUCCGAAGUCACGUUUGUCACACUGGACUCUGUGUAAUAACGACGAUAUUCAUCUGUUUCUUGACGUGCCAUGCGCCUGGUCCACGCCGCUGCAGACAGAUGGGCUCGUGCGCCGGAGGCGGUGGGUGUCGGAUCCCAGGUACUUUAUUGAAUUCAACGUUGAAAGUCAAAAUGUGACUGUGACCAGCAGGUGGCGCUCCAGCUGCUGGCAGAGCGCAGGACGGAAACAGGGAGUGAACCCAAGAGGAGGAACAGAGGUCGCGACCCGGCGCAGGAGGCCUGACCGGUGGACAGGCUGAGCUCACCAUGUGAAUCAAGUGGGUCAGGUCUGCUGGCCGAGGACUCAUGCAGACUAGACCGAGGCGGCAGAGGAGGGAGGCCACGAGAGUGAGACCCCCUCCCACUGGUGAUCAAGUGCCGAGGCUGUGGAGGAAGCCGGUUGCUCUUCUCCAACUUGACCUGGACGGAUCCUCUCAGCAUGAGCUUCAUUUCACUGCUCAGCACCAGCAUCUCCAACUGAGGAGCAGCGUCUGGAAGCUGGAGAGGACCAGCCUCAUCCCAGCAGGCGAGGACCUGUCACGCCUGCGCAGUUGAGGCUGGAGCAGGGAGCAGCGCUGGGGUUACCUGGCUCCAGUGAGUCUGAAGAAAAGAUGACGUCCCGACAAAUCACACUGAAGCGAGGACUAUCCUCCCCGGGUCACAUGACCGGAGGUGACCUGGGGAAGACAGUCAGAGGCCGAAACACAUUUACCAACUUUUGAAACUUUUACGACUUUUCAAACACAUUUACCAGCUGCUUCAGCAAACUACGUUUGUAAGCAUAUUUCCGAGUUUGAACAGUUUGCAAAACAUCUUUAGUGAGUGGACUCCCGAUGGUGACUGGUACGAGUGGAAGGCUCCAGAAAGCACUUCCAGAUCAGGUUUUUAGGUUCCCUCCAUCUCCGUUCAAUUCUUCGGAAAAUGUGUUUUCAGAGUUUGUAAAUUGGUAACACAUUUUCAAACUCUGAAAAGACGUGUACCAACUCAGGAAAAUCUCUGUUUGCUGAAGACGCGUGUCAGUUAGUUCCCAGAGUUUGGGACUGAACUGAUGGAGUUUGAUGAUGAAAACCUGCUGAGUCAUGCCUUCUGUGGUUCACCAUGUGAGCAGGAAGUAGAGCAGAGCAGAAGUGAGCGACGGCGUCAGGAAAUUCCCCCGCUGCAGUGAGUCACAGCCACUUCACCGCUGUCCAAACAAGCAUGUUCUGCCCAAAAUACCAGUCAGCAGAUCCUCAGCCCUGUCAGACGCAUGAGGUGCAGGAAAAAGAAAAACAUCUUCCUCAUUUCCUCUGAACAUGUGCAGUCACUGAGUCUGUGAGCUGAAGCA